CGCUCGCACUUCGCGCUCGCUCGUAAUUAUCAUUCUUUGUAUAUUAUAUAAUAUUUAUCAAUAUUUUUUAAAUUCAUAAAGUCAAUUUGUUAUUGUAAUCUUGCAUACAUCUCUAUCUUUCGCAGGUAGACCGUUCGUCGUUUCUGCAAAGAUGUCUCAAAAAGAACAGUUCUAUAAACUGGUUCACGAAACCAAAAUAUCUUCAAACUCUGCUUUGAUUACCGAUGAAAAGUACGAGAUUAUAAAGGAAGAACUGCAGGGAAUCAGCAAAGGCGCAAAACCGUCGGGCACCGCGAAACGCUAUCGCAUCUGGCAGAAGUACAGGCUAGUCAAGUUCGGAUCAAUUGAAAAGGUUGUAGAUAAGAAAAGUGCAAAAGAAAUCGUGCGGGAAUCAGAUUUGUUUGAUGUGAUUAAUGAACUCCAUUCUUUGACUGGGCAUUGCGGAAGAGACAAGACGCUUAUGGAAGUUCAAAAGCACUAUGCAAGCGUCAGCAGAAAAGUCGUCUGGGCAUUCCUCUCAACUUGCCAAACGUGCGAGCAGAAAAAGCCUAGGCCUGGCCAGAAGGUAGUGACUAAGCCUAUUCUCAGCAACGACAUGAACUCCAGAGCCCAGGUUGAUCUAAUAGACUGGACGAGUGAAAGCUCAAAGGGAUUCAGAUACAUUUUAACAUAUCAAGACCACCUAACCAAGUUUGUCGUUUUGCGGCCCUUAAAAUCAAAAAGGGCGGAAGAGGUGGUAUUUCAUCUCAUCGACAUAUUCUGCCUGUUUGGGGCUCCAAACAUCUUGCAGAGCGACAACGGACGCGAGUUUCGCAACAAAGUAAUAAAGCAGUGCACAGCCAUGUGGCCAUCGCUCCAGCUCGUUCGUGGACGACCUCGCCAUUCGCAGUCCCAGGGAUCUGUCGAAAGGGCGAAUCGGCUGGUUCAGGAAAAGCUUCGGUGCUGGCUUGCCGAUAACCCGGAAAGUAAUUGGCCCGAGGGACUACGCUUUGUUCAGUGGAUGAUAAACACGCAGAAGAACGACGGGAUUGGAACUGCUCCCUACAAAGCGAUGUUCGGUGUUGAGCCCCACAUGGGCCUGAGGGACACGCAGCUCAGAGGAGCGCCCGCCAGACUGUUGAGGACUGAGCAGGAGCUGGCGGAUAUGCUGGGACUGGUGGCUGAUGGAAGUCGCCAGACGGCCACAGAUGCAGGACUGGACAGUCAAUCGGGCAGCAGCAGCAGCAGCGACUGGCAGCCGGCUGGCCGCGCCCAUGCAGGGAGGAGAAGGAGCGGUCGUGCUGUAGUAUGCAGCAGCAGCAGCAGCAGCAGCAGCAGCGACGAGGAGCCAGCUAGCUGCACUCCAGGGAGGAGCGGUCCCACAGUGGCGGUAGCCGGCAGCAGCAGCAGCGACGAGGAGCCAGCUAGCUGCACUCCA